AUGCGGUUCAUACUUCUGUCCGCGGCGACAUCUCUAUGCGCUGCUGUGAUUAUUCCCGAUCAAGAGGUUUUGGCCGAUGAUGCUAGUUUACUUGCCAACAAUGAAUCCGGUCAAGACGAAGACACCGAGGUCGAUUCUUGGUGGCUGAGAAUGACCGAGCUAUCUCAAAAUAGCAAUCAACCGGCUACGGAGGUUGCGAUGGGCUUGCUGGGUCUUGAUCCGAUAAGGAAUGGGUUCCGGGAUAUGGCGAGAAUCCCGGUUAUGGAGACGCAGACAGAGGGCCUGACAGAGGAGGUGGUCCGGAUCCACGUGAAGAUCCUAGUUGGGGUGGCGGUCCUCCUGAUCGUGGCCCUGGCUGGGGCGGUGGCCCUCCUGAACGUGGCCUCCCUGGAUAUGGUGAUGGUCCUGGCUGGGGAGGCGGUCCCCCUGAUCGCGGUCCUCCGGGCUAUGGCGGUGGUCGACCAGGUUAUGGGGGUGGCCCUGGCUGGGGAGGCGGUCCUCCUGAUCGCGGUCCUCCGGGCUAUGACGGUGGUCGACCAGGUUAUGGUGAUGGCCCUGGCUGGGGAGGCGGUCCCCCUGAUCGCGGUCCUCCAGGCUAUGACGGUGGUCGACCAGGUUAUGGGGGUGGCCCUGGCUGGGGAGGCGGUCCUCCAGAUCGCGGUCCUCCGGGCUAUGACGGUGGUCGACCAGGUUAUGGGGGUGGCCCUGGCUGGGGAGGCGGUCCUCCAGAUCGCGGUCCUCCAGGCUAUGGCGGUGGUCGACCAGGUUAUGGGGGUGGCCCUGGCUGGGGAGGCGGUCCUCCUGAUCGCGGUCCUCCAGGCUAUGGCGGUGGUCGACCAGGUUAUGGUGAUGGCCCUGGCUGGGGAGGCGGUCCCCCUGAUCGUGGUCCUCCAGGAUAUGGUGGCAGUCCUGGAUGCGGUCCCGGUGGAGGUUGGCCUGGAAAAGAUCCCGGUGACGGAGGUGGUCCAGGCGGAGGUGGAUGGCCCGGUGGUGGUGAACCCGGCGGGCCAGGUCCUGGAGGAGGUGGUGGCAGUGGACCUGGAGGAGGCGGAGGCAGUCCCGGUGGAGGUGGUGGAUGGCCCGGUGGUGGUGGAAGUGGCCCUGGUGGAGGAGGUGGCAGCGGUCCUGGAGGAGGGGGAGGACCUGGCGGGGGAGUUGGAUGCCCUGGUGGUGGGGGACCUGGCGGAGGUGGUGGUAGUGAACCUGGGGGUGGCGGAGGAAGCCCCGGCGGAGGAGGAAGAGGGGGUGGUGGUGGAAGUGGUCCUGGAGGAGGUGGCGGUCCUGGAGGCGGCCCUGGAGGUGGUAGAGGAUGGCCUGGGGGCGGAGGACCUGGAGGAGGCCGCUGUGACCCUGGAUGGGGCGGUGGUCUUCCAGGAUAUGGUCGCGGUCCUGGGUAUGGAGGUCCAGGAAGGGGAUGUUGCUGCCCCGAAGGCCCUGGACGCGGUGGUGAUAGCGGACGAGGCAAUGACGGCUGGCCUGGAGAUGGCAGAGCUCAUCAACGAGAGCCGAAAGACCUUUCGACUAGCCGAGCUCCUCAAGAACCAUGACGACUUGGUCACGCUGCUCAAUAGCAGCGAGGGAAAUUAUACCCUCUUGGCCCCGACCAACAGUGCUAUAGACAGGCUCCUUGACCGUCGACAUCAGCCUUCGUUCAUCAAUGAGCUUCUGCAGUAUCACAUCUUGCCGAAGAGGCUUGAUUUUCGUCGAGUGAAGAAUCAGCAGACACUGCCCACGGCACUGAAUGAGACCAGCUUGGGUAAGAAUAUGCCACAACGCAUUGUGGCGAGCAGACAUCAGCGCCAGGUCGUAUUGAACGGGGCGAGUGAGGUCAUUGCAGGUGAUAUAAUUGGAAGCAAUGGCAUUCUCCACCAGAUCAACACGCCCCUAAUCCCACCACCAAACACAAGCACGAUUCUCAGACUCCUUCCAGAUCACUUCAGCACCUUUGCCUUGGGUCUUGAAAAGGCAGAGCUGGCUCACCAUCUGACGGGUGACAUUAAGCACAGCGGCACGACAUUCGCCCCGACGAAUGCUGCUUUCAAUCGUCUUGGACCACAUGCAAACGAGUACCUUUUCUCAGAGGGCGGCAAGAAAUGUCUGCAAGCCUUACUGCGGUACCACCUUGUUCCGGACCGCACAUUGUAUUCAGACAUCCUGUACGAUCAGCAUGGACACAUGUACGAGUUCGGAUCCGGUAAGAGAGGCGCUUCGGUUCAUAUAAAACUGACGACGCUUUUGAAAAAUCGAAAGCUCAGCGUCGAUGUUUCGUGGCCUGGUAUGUCUGUUGUCAUGCGGAUAAAUGGGGUUGACACGAUCAGAGUCCAUGAUGUUUUGGCGCGGGAUGGCGUUUUACAUGUUUUGGACCAAGUAUUGGUGCCGCCAAAGAAGCUUCAUGUUGGUGAGAAAGAUGGUCUGGAAGAGAUAUCGAUGGAAACGUUGAAAGAUAGUUUCGAUGAAUGUAAGGGGAUGCCCCGGGCGGAGCUGUGA